GGUGAUCGUCUGUAAUUCGCAUAUUUUCACACUCUAAUACAACAGUGAUUUCAUAUUAAUUUAUACAUGAUUCGAUUAUUUAGAUAUCUUGGUCGAGGAUAUCGAGUAGUCUCAUUCUGUCAGAAGUGAUUAUUGAUGCUAUAUGUCAUAGUGCGUUUGCAUUUCUUUAAGAAAGUCGUUUGAUCAGCGAUAUAACUUAUUCUAAAUAGCCUGUCAAAUAAACCACGUCUUAAUACAAGAAGACUAAAUAUUUAAUACAUCUCCUCCUCGUUUCCAUAUUAGAAUUGUGUUGGCGGUCUGAGACGAGCCCCUUGUCAGUUUCUCACCUCUCCCAUAAAAGCACAUGAGAAACAGUUCUUAUGUUGCUCCUAUAACUCCCCCAUUGUGUUUGAUGUUCGUUUCUUACGGUAGCUCGAGUAUGUGAUCCAAUUACCCCAGUUUUCAGAGAGGAUGCUAAAUGUUACCACAACACACAAAGUGAUAAUGAUCGAUCCUGUUUGAAGAUGUGUACAUCUCGUGUGUGAUCAUCAACGAUUACAUUUAAAACCUUGUUCAUACAAUAAUGAGCUAAACCAAUUCAAAAGAUCCAUGUUACACUGUAAAAAAUGAAGUGCUAAUUUAGCACUUACAGUGCUUGUACAGUGACUGCACUACGAGUGCUGAUUUUCUAAUUUAAAUUUGAACUAGAUAAUCAGCACUCGUAGUGCAGUCACUAUACGGGCACUGUAAGUGCUAAAUUAGCACUUCAUUUUUUACAGUGUAAUAAUGAUAAUAACAACAACAAUACUAAUAAUAAAAGCUAUUUCUAAUGCACAUUUUCUAGUGAAUCAUUACUCAAGGCGCUAUACAUAUAAAAUAAACUAAAACAUUGAAAAUUAUCAAAAUCAUAAUCAUCAAACUGAACAUUCAUGUACACUGUAAAAAAUAAAGUGCUAAUUUAGCUCUUACGGUUCUUGUAUAGUGACUGCACUACGAGUGCUGAUUUUCUAGUUUAAAUUUGAACUAGAAAAACAACACUCGUAGUGCGGUCACUAUACAAGCACCGUAAGUGCUAAAUUAGCACUUCAUUUUUUACAGUGUAUACUCAUUGUUUAGGAAACCCUAAAAGAGUAUUUUAGCAGGGGAUUGGGAGUUGAAAAAAUAUGUUUCCAAAAAGGUCUUAGCUUACAUUUCCCGCCUUCUUUUUGAUACAGUACUAGUUAAUCUACCUUAACUUUAUUCUUCUUGGAGUGAUACGAUUCUUAUAUAUCGAAACUGAACGAGACACUUUAUCUCUCUCAAAGAUCAAAGAAGUAUAGUGUACGGUGUAAUUCCCUCCUACGCUUCGCUCUACCACAUCGUUUAUUGCUUCCAGGAGAGCUUGGGGAAUGCACGUUUAUAUGAAUAAUUAACAUAUUUAAUACACAAAACGGUAGCAGUGAAAAUACUUUGUAAAGAAUAACAUGACAUAUAAGACCAAACUGUUGCAUGUACCCUGUGUGUGGGUUAGUGUGUUCUACGGAAUGAAAUUUACAUUUCGACAUUUUUCGUUCUAAAUCAAUAACGCGACAAGCUGGUGUCGCGUCGUUCCACAACUUGUUUUUCAAGUCUCGCUCCCCUUUUAGAAAAAAUUCGCGACCCCGGCUAUACGCGGGCUGAUGGUACGCUGAUAGUUUCGUAUAUCACCCAAAUUUGCUUUUAAAAAACUUUUAAAAAACUAUAAUUAAGGUUCGAUCCAAUGAAAACUGUGUCUCUUUAUGUAAAAAUCCAUUGAUAUAUCAUUGUUUCAACUUUUACAGAUAAAACUUAGUUACUUUGUCUUGUUUAGGAUCAGAAUAAAAUUGCCGACAAUUUCCAUCAUAAGAACUUUUAAAAAUUGAAAGAGACAAAAAAAUGUGAUACCGAUUUUUUUUUUUUUUUUUUUACAUUUUAUCAGAAUCCUGCAAAGUUUUUGUGAAUAUAUCAUUAGCUUUUAGGGACCGCAUUUAAUGAAUAAUUUAGAGUAAAUCUUUGAUUUCAUGCACAGAUUAGAAUAAUUAAGAAAGAAAGUGAAGAAAAUUAGGUAAGAGAACAGCGUAUAGCUUGUACCUUUUUGUGAUGUACAGGUUUUCUUAUAUUAAUGAAGCAAUGUAAUGUUGAAGCAAAAUACUCUCUAUAUCUAUCGUCUCUUACUAGCCAUUUGGGAACCAUUUUUUCGUUUCUUUUAUUUCAGAGUCGUGAAAGACGAAAGAAAUUGGAACGAGGUGCGUCUUUUACUGCAAGUGAUAGUGAAAGGGAUCGUCCGCCAUUACAUCGAGGGCUUAGUGAACAGUUAUCAGCUCCCGUAACUUCAUUACAGAACCAACCUCUUACAGAGGUAUCGUCUUCCAAUAGUAGCUUGGACCGUCAUCAUCCACAGUCACCUGAUUCAAGCUCGCCUACCAAGUCAAAUAAAGGAAAUGGUGUCCGAUCAUCCUCUUCUUCAUUAGAAUCAGAAAGAUCAUCGACACAAAAAGACUCACAAUCAUCAAAAAGCCAAAGAAAUGGAUCCCGCACCUCGCCUUCAUCAGCCGAAUCGUCACAUUCCUCCCCGAGCCAUGCUAGCCGUAGUGGUCACUCUAUGGUAGUCAGUCAACCAACAGAUGGUUUCCAAUUACAUGGCAAGAACGGAGAGCCCCGCAACCCUCGCCUGCAAGAUAAUCCAACCAAACCAAAAUCAAGAGAUUCCCCGUCAUCGAAAGUUUCUCGUCAAUUCGAAGGAGAUAGGACAGGCGUAUCGCAAGAUUGUCCUUCUUUGAAGAAAUCAGAUAAUAAUUCAACGGGAUUGACUGCAUGUGAUAAAGAGUUGGCUAUUUCUCAGAAAUGUAAUGCUCUUGAUUGUUCACAGAAGGGAGAGGUUUGUCCUACGGAUAACAUUACACAAGGAGUAUCAGGGCACGUUAGGAACAAUCCUGGAAAGAGCGGGUCUGUAUUGGAGAAAAGUACUAAGCUGACUUCGCCGCAACAACCUCGUAGUCUGGAUAUUUGUCCUGUGUUUAAAGACAUCCCGAGAAAAUUUGGGUCUGUAAAACAGCCUGAACAUGAUCUAGUGCACGAAUCAAUACAUUCCCAAAUAGCUUCAAAUGUUGUUUCUAGAAGAACUGAUAUUCUCACUCGCGAUGAAAAUGUAGGAUUUGUACCCGUCGCAACAGCACGAGAGAAUCCAAGUGGGACUAGACUUAGAAAUGAAUCGCCUGAUUCAAACCCAAGGCCUAGUAGAAUUGAGGUUGUGAUCAAGGAAGAAACGAAAGUGACGGGACGUGAGAGUGAAAAACAAUCUCCUCACCUGAAACAAAGCAUUGCCCUUUCUAGUAAUAAAUCCCAGGAAAAGCCUUAUAUUUCAUCUCAUAAUAAGAAAGAGGGUAGUUUAGAUGAAGUUGAAAUGAUGCGUCAGCUCUUAGCCAUGGCUGAGAGUAAUGCGUCAUUUGAAAACACAGAGGAGAAAACCAAAGAAAGUGGACGUGCAAUAGACAUUACAAAAACAGAAUUAAGAGAUACUGAGCGAACUAACAUUGGGGAGGACUUGACGGACAAGAAACCACGGCCUAUUUUCACUUUGACAGCUGAUAGAGAAAGUCCAGUUUCGACGUUUGUUUUAAUGUCAUCAAAAGAAAGUCUUAACUCUAACGUGGGCAAAGACGAACCUCAAUCUUCUACGCUGUCGCAUUUAUCAAACACUACCCGUAGCAUGGCGGAUAAAUCUGACACCACCAUGUAUAAUCCACAUCAUAUAGAUGCAGAUGAAAUGGCCGAGGAAGAAGCACGACUUGCAGAAGGAAAGCCGAUGGGAGAAGCAGUUACUAAAAUGUUGAGAUUAAAGAGAGGAAAGUCUGAGGAGACACCGCCAAGACAGGGUUCUCUUGACGACAGUCACUAUAAACUCACCAAAAGACAGGAAACUGUUCCAUCAGAGUAUGAAAGUCUUAGUGAUAGUGAAAUUAGAAAUGACCAAGACAGGAGAGGUAGGAAAACACUGCUUGGAGAUAGACCUAAACAGAAUUCAGAAGAUUUAUCAGAUCUACCAGGACUAACGGAUCUAGGUGCAAUUGGAGGCGGUGAUGAUGAAAGACAUUCUAUAUGGCCUCCAAAUACAGAUGGGGCCGAGUCAAAAUACAUCUCGGUUGAAGAUCUUACAAAAGUUGGAUUGGGAAGGAGAAUGCCUGUAAUAGGACAAAAACAUUCGAAUAAUGGGGUGCGUACAAAACGUCAAAAGCCCACCGGAGAUAUGCCACUCUCACCUAUAUUCGAUGUUGAAGGAGGAAGCCCAUCGUCUGAACUUGGCGGAGAUCCGUUGUCUUCUGAAUGCACUUCUCUUGCAGAUGAUUCAGAAGAAGAUAUCAAUCGAGACUACUACGAGGACCAAGAUUACAUGACAGAAGAUCGGUCAUAUUCUAGUUUUGACAGCGGAGAUGACUACACCGACUACAUGGAAGACGUAAUUAUGGAAGAUAUCAGUAUGGAACAUGAAGUAGUGGAACAUCUUUCGCCUUACCGUAUAAAAGAAGAGGGUUUAGCAACCGUAAUGGAAGAACAAGAGGACAUUGAUGAAUAUUAUUUAGACGAAGAAGAGGAGGAGGAGGAGGAGGAAGAGGAAGCAGAAGAAUCAGAAGAAGAGGAACCCAAACUGGAACAAGAUCGCACAACCAUUCUAUCUACUAUACAGGAACAAACAUCAGAAGAAACCCAAGAGAGCCCUGAUUAUAUGUCACCGUGUAAGGAUCAACUAUCGGCACGAGAUGGCUUACCAUCAGCAUCAGAUUUAUCAGAUUUUUCAACUGAUCAGACUUUUGAAUCUUUGUCUUCCGUUUUAACACGUGAGCACAUUGCUCCAGUUGCAGCCACUGUAGAAAAGGAGAUCGUAGAUCAAGCUCCAUAUCGCCCUUCACUAGACAUAGAUCUUACCCCAAACACGAAGCGCGAUAAUUCUGGUGUUUUAGAUUCACCAAGAACACCAACCGUAGAUUCUAGAGCUUAUGAACGACCUAAGAUCACAAGUCCGAGUAAAAGAUUCGACAUGUCCUCCCCUCGCACUAGUCCCAUUUCGCCCAAUCUCUUUUCACCUCCCCUAACUCCAAAAUCAUGGGCUGCUAAGCGCACAUUUCCAGAAACCAUGUUUCCAAUGGAACACUCCACGCAAGUAGAAGAAGAGGUGGACACCCAUGCUCCCAAUGAUGACCGAAGAAAAUAUCGCUCGGUUCUCACUGAAAUGGGAUCUAGUUUCGAGGAACUCGCUAGCAUCUCAUGGCCUGAAACAAUUAGUGAAGACAUUCCUUCAUCCGGUAGAAAAUCAUUUAAAAGCCCAUUAUUUGUUGAAACCGGCAGCACAAUAAGCCCUGAAGACAGCACAAGCACAUCUGAAAACACAGUUAUAGCCUGUGAUAAUUUGAAAUCUACAUCAGCUCAAACACAAACCAUGGUUGAACGACGGACCCAAACGACACCACCUCUUCUCCGUGAACACACUAAGAUUCGUUCAAAAUCCUUCUCGGACGCAGCUGUAGGACCUGGUAACGAAAGUCCAGAAUCUAACUCUUCUUCCCCUUCUAAGUCUGUCCAUACAACUAGCAUUGGUGUAGGUACCAGCCCUGAGAUGUCACCUACCUCAUCUACCCAUUCUACAGAUACUGAUUUUAGCUUCAAAAGACCAUUUGCCUUGGAGGAAACUAAGCACCCAAUGGCAUCCAAUGCAUCAUCAAGUGGGUCAUCAAGUCCAGAACCAAGUGGAGGAGUUAAGAGAAACUCAAGAGCAUCGAGAAAAGAUACAGGGUCACUGAGUUCUACACAUGACACAAUCGCUGCCAUAAAAAAUAUUGGACAGUUUUCGGGAAAGGACUAUCUAAAGGCAUCUUCGAGUGAUGCUGAAAGUUGUGAUAGUGAAAGUAGUACACCAGCCAAAGUUCGCCGACGUCUCCCUGCAGUUCCGCUGAAUGUCCAGCCAGUUACUGUUUCUCUUAAACCCGACCUCAGAACAACUAUUGAUGAGAUUUUACGAGAUCCUGAAAAAAGUGUUGAGGUGAAGAAAGUUAAAGAACUACUGGCUAGAAAGGCUGCAGAACUGGAGAAAGAGAGACGUGAGGCUCUCCUAAAAUUGAGAAAACUCACCUCAGAUUCAAAGAGGCUUGAAGAAGGAAAGGAGAGGCUUUCACGAAGAUAUAACAAACACCACAAGGUCCGUGUAGCUGGGGUGAAUGAAGGUAGCCUCUCAGAUUCAGACGUCACCAUUACAAGUGAAGACAAGGAAACAGAAGAGUUGGCUGCUUUACUUCACCCAUUAUAUGGCAUGUAUAAUCCAUUCCCAACGGGUAAUCUCUCUAUCAGUUCGGAUCGUAUUCAUGAGAUAGAAACAAGUGAUUUGCCAUCUUCAAUGAUGAUGUCUCAGGGAGAUCAAAUUAGAUUAUCAAAAUCUGAAGAAGAUAUUCUGAGAGAAAUUGAAAAACAGAUAUCGGAAGCCACCGGUACAGACUAUAAAGCAUACAAUACUUCCCAAAUAGAAAAGGAAGUUCGAUCAAGAUACAGCGACCCCAAAGAUGACAACCGGUCUAAAAAGGAUAACAAACGUAGAACUCCUUUGCAGGAAAAGUUCACCACCUCAGAAAUUCCAGAUUAUGGUUUAAAGACUGUUCGUCAUAAGAUGAAAGAGGAGCUCAAACAGGUGACCGCUCAUCGCAGAGCGCAAUUAGAUAAUUCCCCACCAUCCCCAUCCCAAGCCCCCUCUGAAAUCCAAACGAGUGUCGUCAGUCCAGAGAGGCAAGAAGGUGAGCAGAAGGAAGGAACUAACGGUAGUAAGUCAUCAUCGACUGUCAAAACAGGAAAAUCUGGUAGCGGACUACCUGUCCGAGGAUCUCAACAAGCUUCACCUCAGAGAAGGAAAGCACGGUGGCAGCCAACGGACUCUGUAGCUCCCGCUUUUUCACCCAUCAAGGAAGAUGUAGACUCUGAAUUUGAUUUCCUACACCAGAAUAUAUCUGAUCGACGUACAGGAGGCAUGGCUGAUAAAAGGUCGCUUUCUUAUGACUCCUCAUCGAAAACGAAAAAGGGCUCCUCUAACAACUCUCGGGGAAAGGAAUCGUCCAAUGCUACAUCAGAUGAUGUUGAGCGCCUGAGUAAGGAAGGUGAACUGAUAGAGAGAAAGAUCCGAGAGCAGACGGAGAAGCAAUUCCGCCAAGAGCUUGAUAGAAGACGGCGUCAAAUGGAGGAAUCAGCAAGGAAACUAGAAGAGCUCAAAACCAGAAGACAAUCGGAUUGGAGUUCGAGUGGAUCAACGACCAGUGAACCCGUCAUAUCAGCAAGUCACAGUCUUGAGACGCUCAAGGCAGCUUACGAAGCCGACUCCUCAGCGAAUGAAUCAGUGCGCUACGAGGGGCAAGAGCCUGUCACCUACCCUCGCACCAAGCUUAAACGUGGUUCACCAUUUCAUUACUCAUCACCUCAACUGACUGAUCGUGAACGAGGAAUACGCCGUGAUCAGCAGGGUCUUAUUCUACCGAUCACCGACGGCCACAGAGAACGAGAUGGUGGAGUCAGUGAGAGCUUGAGUGAUUCUGGAAUCCCAUCUCGACAGGGAAGUAUCAAUAGAGGAGAAAGGUCGCAGAGACCGAGGAUGAUGUCUAGAGAAAGUAGUCUUGAUAGCACUAACAGCGAGAUGCGGCUUUUUUCUGAUCAGGAUGAAAACGUCUUAUACGAUGACACAGUCACUCCGGAGAAAGCAACCGAAUUUCGCCGUCCUGAGCCCCCACCAUGUCCACCACGAGUACAUGAGAACCAUCGUGCUAGAUCUCAAGAUCGAGAUACACAUCGUAGUCAUCCUCCUGAUCGUGAUCCACAACGCUCUCAUUCUCAUGAUAGGGAUACACGUAGGGGUACUACCGAUGAAGAAUGGGAUUCGUCUGAAGGGGGGCAACAACCACAAACCAGUCGUUCGUCUCGCCAAAGUAGACCAAUGGAUGUACCUCAUGAUCAAAGGGUCAAACGGCACCCUGAAGAUUAUUACUACAGCGAUCAAGAAAUCCGCGUUAAGGCGACGGAAUGGUCAAGACGAGCUGAAGAUAGCGAUGAUAACGAAGUCGAUCGAAGACUACGUGCCCAGUAUCAUGAUGAACAAUUCCGAUAUCAUCAUGGACCACAACAACCACACGGAGGUGAUCCUUCUCCACAGGCUAGUGUAGGUCGAAAGUACCGUCUGCAGAGAGAUCCACGUGACCGAACGAACCGAGGUAAUGGACUUGGUAUGAGGGUAGUAGGUGGUAAGAGGAUGCCUGGUAGUGAUCAAUUGGUUGCGUAUGUAGCUGAAAUACAUGCAGGUGGAGUAGCAGAGAGAACAGAAGGUCUCCGAGAAGGAGAUCAAGUAUUAGAAUGGUGUGGUAUCUCAUUAACUGGACGAACUUAUGAAGAGGUUCAACGUAUCGUGAAAUCAUCGGAAAAGCAAACUGAAGUGCUAUUAAAAUGCGGUCCAAAUUUGCUUGAUUCACCGAGACCACGUGCUCGAUUACCUAACGGGGAGCCACCACCACCACCACCUCCCCCGCCACCAGGGGGAUAUAGGAGGAAUGAAUAUGGAGGAGGAGUAGACCCACGAAUGUUAACUGAGAGACUAGAGGGCAUCACCUAUCCCUCUUAUGGUCCUAGUUCAGUAUCACCUUCAGAUAGUAGCUACUCAUCUCAUAGAAGAGGAAGAGGAAGAAAAGUCACCGGAGAGAUUCAACUUCAAGUUGCCUAUGACAACCAUCGCGCAGAGCUAUUAGUUGGUAUUUUGAGAGGGCGUGGAUUGACUGCACGAGAUUCGACCAAUCUAGCGGAUCCUUACGUCAGUGUGUGCCUAUUACCCGCAAGGGGCAGUCCGGAAGACAGACAAAGAUCUCGCUACGUGCCUCGAACACUAACACCAGAAUGGAAUCAAUCCAUCAUCUUCCGCAACUUAAGACAAAGUCAAAUUAGAUCCAGGACUAUCGAAGUCAACGUAUGGGACUAUGAUCGAAGUUCUACCAGUGAAUUCAUGGGGCAGGUUAUACUAGAUCUGUCUGAUGAACGCCUACUCACGAACCGUCCUCGAUGGUACCGUUUAAUGGAUGUACCUAUGCAAGGUAGUCAGCAACCAGGCAAUUCUUCUGUGAUGACACCACCAUCAUCUUCACCAGGUAGCAGACAAGGGAACAGAAGAAAUCAUCAUGAUCAAAGGUCUUCUGAUGGCAGAGGAGAUUCUCGGUCGAGACGAUCAAGCGGUGAUCGUAACUUUGAUCCGAGAAGCGGUGGUGGAAGUCACAUGGGUGGACGAACUGGAAGUCGAGGAGACAUUAACAAUGGUGAUCGUGGACGAGAUGUAAGAAGUGGUAAUGGAUAUGAUAGACCUCCUCGUUACACUGGUCAUCAUCACCAUCAUCCAGAGUCAGAUUCACCAAGCUCCAGAUCAUCAGGCUAUGAAUACGAUACCGAUCGGUCAUCACAGAGUGAUCGAUCGAUUUCGUCAACGCAAGAGCACCAUCGAACUAAAAAACUUGAUAGCAAUCAACCACAAACUAGAUCACACGUUCAUUUCAGUCGUACACAUGAGAACGAUAGAUAUAAACGAGAUAUGAACUCCUUACCCGAAACUAUCCCAGAAGCCCCUAGUAUAGAGACCCCUCCCCCAACCACUACAGUUAGUACAUCAGUGAAGAUAACAGUCACUGCUAAACCAAUGUGUAGUUUAGCUGGGCAGAGAGCGAGCAGUAUGCAGUCUGUCGUCAAUGGAAAUGGACGGGUUGUGACAUCUCUAUCAGACAGUAAUGGAAUAGCAACAAAAACAUCCUUUGAGCAGCGUCCUGUAAUACGAGUAGAUGAAUGUACUGAAGGAAAGACUGAGAGAGAAGUAGAACACCAGGAGGCUGGUAGCAGAGUUCCUCCUCUUUCUAUCUUUAACUAUACCAGUACUGAUCCUGCAUCUAGAGCACAAGGGAGUCAAUUAUCUAAAUCAGGACCCAUACCAAGUCAAGAUCAGAUAGGGAAAAACCAACGUGACGCCAUCAUCCAUGGUGACCCAAGACAAACUAACAGUCUAAAGUUAGCUCCAAUGAAGAAUGGUACCUCAUCAACACACUAUCGGUCUACAGGUAAUAUACAGGAGAUGACGAGAUCAUUACCUACCAGUAGCAAAAGAGCAGAAUCAGUUGCUGAAAUAGGCAACGCAGACGGUCCUGAUAUUGCCGAAAAGAAUCUACAAAACCACAAGAAGACGUCAGAAGUCGACAGGUUCUCACCAUGGAUAGAGAAGCAGAAGCCACCACCUUCUCAUCAGUCAUUGAUAGAGAAUGCACAAGAACUACCAAUGAAGAGUCAAAUGAAAGCAACCCUGGUAACGAGGUUGGCAAGAGGUGAUCUUGGACCUGGACAAGUAGUUGAUCCAGAGAUGCCAAGACAAGUCGAUCUCAUACUCCUCAGAGGAGAAUACGAGAUAUCUGGUGAGAUGAAAAUAGGAUUUCGUCGUGAGUUGAAGACUGAAGGACAGAAUUUAUAUGUUGAGAUCUUUCAAUGUAGAAAGAUAAGACAUAAAGGAAAGCCAAUGGACCAUCCUGAUCUAUACGUAAAGGCAUACGUAGUAAUGGGAGAAAGGAAGGUUACUAAGAAGAAGACCCGAGUUUGUCGCCAAGAAAAAGAUCCCACCUUCAACGAGGUCUUUGUCUAUCAUACCAACGUGAAAGGAAUUGCCAUUGAGGUAUCUUUAUGGGCUGCUGGAGGUCGUUUUGGUAGAAAUACAUUAAUUGGUGAGGCAUUAAUCUGGUUAGAUGAUCUAAAGUUGGACCAGAGUGAAGUAGUUGGAUGGUACAAGCUUCUGUUAUCAACUUCAGCACCCAGCUAGCAACUACAGAACGCAGGCGGUAUGUUCGCCGUCUGCUGCCCAAGCCUUUUCACCCAAUGUUUAUUUCUUUUCUUAUAUUGGUGAUUUCGUUUAUGGCAGCUGAUUGCAAUAUACAACAUCUCAUUUACAUUCAUUUCAUACUUUGCACAUAUUUUAUUCUUUACAUGUUCAGCUUAAACAUUUUAUCAAUCAAAAGUUUCGUUCAUGUGUUCAGGAUACGACUCAUUGUUAUGUUUAUCUUUAUUUCUGUAUCAGAUAUAGCCUACGCAAACGGUGAAUGUCAAGCCAAUGGUUUUUUUUUAUGAAUUCUAUAUUUGUCCAGCAGUGCUAUAUGUUUACUGAAAAAAAAAUCAAGACUACUGAAGAUAUAUACAUGGAUUGUAAACACUGGCUCAACAUUAAGCAGUUUUAGUUAGCAUAUAGUGCAAGAGAAUUGACAUCAUUGCUCUCAUUUACGUUGGUGUUUUGCAUUGUUGUUUUUUAAAUCAAAACAACCACUUAUACCUAUUACUACGAUCUUAAUAAUGUACUUAUUAAUUUUGAGUUUAAUAUCAUGGGAGCCUUCAUGAAUGAUUUUUCGGAUGUUUCAUUCUACAAAGUCUGGUUUUGUCUGGCAUGCCAUAGUAAAAGACAGACUUCUCAACUAAUCAAAAUCACAGAAACUUGUAAGGGUGAUUCGUCUUGAUGAAGCGCUCUCCGAUUUUCUUUCAGAACGAAGUGAAUUGAGUUAUUUUCCUUCUAUACUAUAGAUCAUUUCAAGUUUAUUACUUACUUUAACUUUUUUUCCACAAACGAUUCAUCCAAGUUAUAAAUCGAAACAAACGGAGUAUUGAUUUUUUUUAAAUUCUUUCCUUCGUUGACUAAUUUUAUCAUAAUACAUGGAUACUGGAGUAUCGAAUUAUGGUUUAUUGAAAAUUAUGUUUUCCUCCUUUGAUGCGAAUACAUUCCCGUUUCUUUCACUUGGUAUGUUUGUUGCUUCUUGCCUACCCCAUAGGCUUAACAUGUCUAUUCUAAUAUCAGCAUAUUCAUUUUAUCUAUGUAGUAGUCGACUUUGCACAUACUGACUGACUUUCGGGGUCUUUUUUUAUCACAAAAACCAGGUGUAAGGUACAAAGUUAAAUACGAUACGUGGUUUACAAUGACUGUAAUUUGUAGGGUGUAUUGUCUACGUUAAUCAAUAAAGGUGUAUGUUGGUGCUUAUAUACACCAGCUGAUCUGGUAGUACUUUUGUGACACUUUAAAAAUUUAGUAAAAUCAAUGGAGAUAUUUUUAAGUAUAGGGAUUAGUUUUUUUAACUUCACGGUCCGACACAAUCUGUAUUUCGAAUUAUUUGAACUCUUCAUAUUCUAACGCACUUUUCCAUGCGUCUUGUCUUUAUGGUUAUCAUUAUUUUUUUUAUAUCUAUUAAUUGAUUUAUUUAUUGAUACAAGAUAUUUUUCGAGACUGAGAUCCUGAAAAUCUUUAUUAACUUUUGUGAACACCAUCAAGCGAGAUGAUUUCUGCCAUCAGUGCCUAUUAGUAUUACCGCUAAUAACGGCAUUUGAUCAAACAGAAAUUUCACGGUUAUCCAAAUUCAUUUCUAUGUUUCCGCACUCUCAUUAUUUUUAAAGUCAUAUUUCCUCUCUUGAUUCCAAUAUCGUUUGGUUGUAUUUUCAUGGUGAAAAAUAGGUUCUUAAAAAGAAACUUUACUGUAGUAAACUAAUGUGAAUGUGUUCUUAUCGAUCGAUCGAGGAAAAACAUAAUUUUUGAUGUAACAUAUCCGUCACUAUCAAUGUUUUAUGUAUUUUUAGGCUUCCUCUUAAUAUUCUUUUAAUGAUUAUUUUUCGUUUUGUUUUAUCGUUGGCAAUAUCUUAUUGGUAUGACGUAAACCGUGUCACAAACAUCAGACUAUACCGUUGGCCUACUACUACUUCAUCGUCUUAUAAUUGUUCGUCAGUAUAUGUCCAGUGAUGUGAUGAUUGUAAUUUUUUUUAUUGAUAUUGAGUAUUUGUUAUCGUAAUAUUAUUCAAGUAAUUUAUUUUUAUUUUAGUUCACGAUGAAUAUGAACAAAGAUGGCGUUAGAUGGGAUUAUCAUAUUAAACGUUAUACGCCUAUAAUUUCACAAAGAAAAGAGAUUUAUUAUCCAUUUACUGUAUUGCCGUUCAAUGUGUUUGUUUCUUGCAAAGUUUUUUAUGAUAAAUAAGUAUUUGGAUUUCCAUAUUAAGAUGAUGAAAGUAUUUUCUCAUCUUCUAAGUUGUUUGUAUGCUGUGGUUUCUUUCAUCACUUAACAAUGUUACCACAAGGAGGGUAUAUGUAAGGACUCUUUAUGGUUAGGCAAGCAAAUAUUCGGAUAAAAUUAAGAUGGUGCUCUUUCCCGAAUUUGUUGUCUGGAGUCAAAAUAUAGCUUUGGAAUCAAGGUAUACUUAUUCAAUGUGACAUAGAUAAAUAUUUAUUGUAUUGUUCCAUAUAAGCCUAUAUACAAUUAUACAAAUAUAUAUAUUAUUCAGAAUAAUUGAAUUAAAUAAGGUUAUGGUCACACUAUGACUAUAAUAUAGAUAGGUAUUAUCAUGUAACAUAUUAUAUUCUGUAAAUCUUUUAUGAUAGUGAUUGUACACAAUUGUGAAUGCUAUAACUCUUGUAGAUAUUGUGAUAUUCUAUGUAAGCUAUAUACCCCUUUGUACUUUGAUCAAUGCAAAAUAUUGCAAACCUUACUGAG